UGAGAAUCGCAUUCACUACGGUUUCUUUGUCUGUCAUUAUGCGUCUUUACGCUUUCUUAGUCACAUUAUUCUUACAAUUGGCCGUGCUCGGUCAUGCCUUCCAAGAUACAUACAACCGACCCGGACGAUGGUCAGCAACAGAUCACAAAAACCACCGAGCAUGGCUAUCCAACAUAGCCCGACGAGUCGACGAAUCCCCCGAAGAACUCCACCCCGUCAUCAAAGAAUUCGAAGACCGCAUCGACACCACCCCCCGCCUCGCCAUGCUCUUCCAAUCCAUGUUCAACGAAGUCCCUUUCCACUACACCAAGCAAGAUAAUGGUGCUCCCCAGCUCCGCAACUACAAGCACAUGCUGCGCGUGCUGAACCACCUCAUCCGCACCGCACCAUCCUACAGCGAGCGAAAGAACCGCAUGAGUUUCGUCGGACUCCCCAUCAACGCCGUCCUCGACUGGCCAAUGGGUACACCUAGUGGAUUCGCAGCAUUCAUUGACCCCGAAGUCAACGAGAUGAUCCAGAAGAUCCUCAACGAUUGGGGUGCGUUCCUGCAGUCCUCCGACUCCGCCUACGUCCUGGGAACCGAACAACUCGAAUGGUUCGGUCCCACAGCCCUCCAAGACCUCACGAGAGUCGCCAAUAUCGGGAAAACAAACUACACCUUCGAUGAGAUGUUCAUCUCCGACCCCUCCGACAAGACCCACGGCUACACCUCCUGGGACAACUUCUUCACCCGCCUCUUCCACGACGGCAUCCGUCCCGUCUCCGCGCCAGACAAUGACAGCGUCAUCAUCAACGCCUGCGAGUCCAAGCCCUACAACGUCCAGCACAACGUGAAAGGCCAUGACGCCUUCUGGGUCAAAGAACAACCCUAUUCCGUCAUCGACAUGCUGGGCCGCGACUCCAUGGCUGACCGUUUCGUUGGGGGGACAAUCUACCAAGCUUUCCUGAGCGCUCUGAGCUACCACCGCUGGCACGCGCCUAUCUCCGGGAAGAUCGUCAGGUCCUACAUCAUCAACGGCACAUACUACUCCGAGCCCUUGUUCACAGGCACAAUGAACCCGCGCGACAACCACACCUACAUCGACGACGUGGGUAUCGUCACCGCAGAGACCUACCUUACGUCCAUGGCCACCCGCGCCGUCAUCUUCAUCGAAGCUGAUAACCCCACAAUCGGAACGGUUGCGUUCGUUGGUGUCGGAAUGGCGGAGGUCUCGACGUGCGAUAUCACUGUUAAGGAAGGGCAGCAUGUGAAAAAGGGAGAGCAGCUGGGGAUGUUCCACUACGGUGGCUCGACACAUUGCCUGCUCUUUGAGAAUGGGGUUAAUGUUACGGGCUUCCCGGAGAAGGGUGGGGAGUGGAAUGUUCCUGUGAGAGGGGAAUUGGCUGUUGUUCAAUAGUUUGGUUUCUGUUGUUUAUGAGUAUAUAUGCCAGAUAGAUAUCCAUGCAAUGUUAGACGUAUGAGUGUCGUCAAGCCUUGCCGGAGGCCCAGGCCAUAUACUGAUGCUGAAUCUAAAUAAGUAGCAAUACAAUCAGCC